UCAUAUUAUGUUUCACACAAAGCCUUUCUCCGCCGUAUCAGUGGCGCGUGACGCAACAGGAAAGCUGGGAAGCUGCCGAGAGGCGCAGCUGCCCCUGGUUGUGAGGAGAGGUUUCCUCAGAACGUCUCCUUCCCCUUCUGCAACCCGACGACGGCGCGUAACGUCGCACUGCAUUGCGGCUCCCCCCCACACACACACACACUCUCUACCGGCCUGCAAAUUCCCCUACCUGCCCCCCGCCCCGCCAUAAAGAAACCUGCGCUGGGCCCAAGCGCGCGACAACCACUUGGCGAGGCCCCUGCGCGCGCCUCGGCGUCUCCGCCGCGCGCCAGGAAUGGUGGGGUUGAACCUUUGAUGGAGCGCCGCGAUCCGAAGCCGCGCGAAGGGCCAACAUUAAGAAACUUCUUUUUCGGCCAAGUUGCUUUUCAAAAUUUUUAGACUGAAGAUGAUCAGUUCAUUUUCUUAUUUUGAACAAGAAGAAGUGACGUGGCUCAUGGACCUCCUGAAAAAUUGGAUGUAUCCAAAUAAUUAUCUAGGGAUUUUCACAGAUUAUACAGUGUACCUCUUGGUGAUAUUAACACCAUUCAUAAUUCUGCUGUCACCUGUCUUAGUCAUUCUUGGAUGUAUUUACCUUUCUAAUUUUCUUCUGAAUAUUUACAAGAUAAAGAUUAAGGUAAAAGGAGAUGAUUAUCUCAGUAAGUCAUGGGACACUGGAAGGAGGGCAGUGCUUUAUCUUUGGGACAUGUAUGGCACAGUGUGGCAUGGUUAUGAGGUGCACGGGAUGGAUAAAGUACCAGAAGGACCAGGGCUUGUUGUAUUUUACCAUGGAGCCUUUCCUCUAGACUAUUUCUACUUUGUAUCUAGACUCUAUUUGCAGACAGGCAGACUCUGCCAAUCAGUGGUUGAUUACCAUUUUUCCAAAAUACCAGGUAUCAAACUGUUUUAUAAAGUACAUGGCCUUACACAUGAUGGAAGAGAGGAAUGUGUUGAAAUUCUGAGAAAGGGAUACUUGCUUGGAGUCUUACCAGGUGGAGCCCGAGAAGCACUUUUUAGUGACGAAAACUACAGUCUCUUGUGGGGUAGCCGCAAAGGCUUUGCUCACGUGGCCAGAGAUGCAAAAGUGCCUAUCAUCCCUAUAUUUACAAAAAAUCUUCGGGAAGGAUACAGAGCACUUGGAAAAAUAUGGCCAUUUAAGUGGCUGUAUGAACGUACCAGAUGGCCAAUUGUUCCUGUAUAUGGAGGGUUUCCAGUCAAAUUUUGCUCCUAUGUAGGAGAUCCCAUUCCUUAUGAUCCGAAUAUAACAGUUGAAGAACUAGUUGAAAAGACAAAGACAGCAAUAGAAGAUCUCAGAGAUAAACACCAAAAAAUGCCAGGUAGCAUACAAAGAGCACUGUUGGAACGAUUUUAUAAGAUUCCAAGUUAAUAGGGAAAUUCUUUUGAAAAUGUAUAUAUUUCCUUCCUAACAGUCUUGCAGUAUUUUUUUAUUUAUACAAGCAUCUCUUUUGUUGAAAAAGCAUGGCUAAUGUUUUGUAUCACAGAAACUGCAUCUUUCACUCUAAGAAAAGUGCUUGAGUUGAGUUUUUGCCAGCUGUUUUGAGGGGGGGCUUUUUUAUUUAUCCAAUUCAAUUGGAGUUUAAGCCUGGUUUUGGCAUUGAAACUGCCUGGGUCACCCUGAUGGGGGUCUUUUGCUGGGAGAGAGUCAGGAAGAGUGCAACUGUUGAUUCUCCUGGACCUCAGGGCACCUUUUCAUACCAUGAACCAUUGUAUCCCUCUUUCCAAGUUACUCCUGGGUAGCAUUGCUCUUCUGCUCAUACCAUCUUGGCAUACCAGGUAAAGUCCUACCUGGACAGAGAGUCUGGAUUCAGUGUUCCAUGUGCUGGUUACCUCCUGUUCGCAUCACUGUGAUGCAUUUUAUAUGAGGCAGCCUUUGAAAACUGGCCAGAAACUUCAGUCAAUACAAAAUACCAACUGGGACUAGUCAUCUUCACUGGAUCCCUUUAUACCUUUAACACAAGAAAAUAGCUCAUCUAGUCUAGCAUCUUUUUAUUGUGGUGGCCAACCAGAGGCAUAUGGGAAACUGAAAGCAGGGCCUGGACACAGCCCCAAAUUCCCCUACAUGCCAAUUUAAACCCUUUGUGCUCUGAAGCCUUGGUAUCUGAAGGCUGGCCCGCAUUCCACAUAUAUCUGCCAGGACCAAAAAUAAUCAUCAGUAGGAUGUUUCAGAAGGAAACGUGUUGACUAGAAAGAGAAGGUGAGGUUCCCAGAGGAAGAAGAGAGCUUAGUGAUUUUGUGGGACAUUGGGGAAGCUUUUAGGGCAACAGUCAAAAGAAAGCAGGCCAGAGACUGGGGGCGAUUCUAGAGGGUAGGCUAGGAGUGAAAUAAAGUUCUGGUUUUGCAAAAGAGUAAUAGUGUGAGGGGUGCUAUGGAAAGCAUAGGAAGGAGAGUAUGAGAUACUGGAGCAAGAAAGUCAAGAAUGAAAGAAAGGACAGCAAAGGAAAGAGAGCAGGUCACCCGAAGAAGGAGGGGGAGGAAAGGUUCACAGGAAUAUUUGGUGCAAGGAAAUGAGAUAUUGCUGUCAUUCAAAAGGCUAGAGCAAAAAGAAUUGUUUUGAUGACUGAGAUGGAAGUGGGUGAAUUAAUGAUUAAAAUGAAAGCCCAAACCCCAAUUUUCCUGUCUUAUCAAAGUCAUUGAGCUGGAUUCAAGUAAUGUUAUGCACUAAUGGAAACCAACAUAAGGAAGAUCCUGUCCCUUCCUAGGCUAGCAAUAAGAAGAUAAAAAUCAGCAGGAACUGUGCCCAUAUCUGUUUGCCACUUGUAAGCUGAUUUUGGUUGUGGUGACGCAGGCUGGACUUUCAGCCUUCUAAUCCAUCCAAGGCUCUAUCAAAGUGAUAAGUGAUCUCAAAACCGUGUGAGAAAGCCUGUUCAGAAUUGAUCCCUUGGCGAUGGAACGCCAUCAUCAGAGAUGCACACCAUACAAUUGCUUUCAUAUCUUUCUGGAGCAAGACAGAUACCUUUUUAUUUUCUCAGGCCAUUUAAAUUAUGUUCUACAUUGGUUCUACUACUGGAUUUUAUUCCUCUGCCCUGAGUUUCAUAAUGAAUUAUUGCUACUAAGUCUCUCUGCCCCAUUCUAAACCAACUUUCCUUUUUUUAAUAUAUAUGUAUAUAUAUAAUGGUGUGUUGUUGAUUUUUUUAUGUUUUGUUAUUUUAUUGGUUUUAAUCCCUAUUUGUCAUCCUGAGCGUUUUGAUUAUAAGAUUAUACAUUGUAUGUAUCAAAAAAAUAAAUUCAGCUGCCCAAAUAA